ACAACCUACAAAAAAAAAAACAAAAAAAAAAAAAGCUACCACUUCAUCUAUCAGAGGAUCAAAAUGAUCUGCAGUCCAGCUCCAAAGGUAAACCACAACACCACCGAAGGCAUCUGGCAUUAUUCUUACAAAAGUUUGCUCCAUUGUGAUUGUUUGUUGCAGGCUUCGGACCUCGCGGAGGAGCCAAUGGAUUUGGAAGAAAUUGAAUGGGUAGUAGUGGAAAGUGAGGCUGAAAUUAAAAGUGAAGGAGAUGGUGAAGAAUAUGAUGUAAGUGAUUCUCAACUCCCCAACCAAAGGGAAGUAACCAUUCGAUGCUCCCGGCCCCUCUGAAUUAAACUAUAUAUGGUUCAAGAAUAUAAUUAACUUUCUCCCCAUUAUAUAAGAGUGCCUGUGUCACUAUAUGAUAAUAUAUAACUUGCAAGCCUCAAAUUCUGCCAACAGAGGAAGUCUUGAAUAUCUGGCUUCGGACCCCGUGGAGGAGCCAAUGGAUCUGGAAGAAAUUGAAUCAGUAGGAAAUGGUGAAGAAUAUGAUAUAACGAUCUCAGGAGGUAAAAUGGAAGGAGUCCAUGAAGCUCCACAUUACAUAGAAAACCCCAAGGAUCCAUUACAAGAGGAGUUGGAUAACUUGUCAACCCUGUCCCCUUCGCGGUGUAUCUAUAGAGUUCCUAAUCGACUGCGGCGGGUAAAUGAGAAAGCAUAUACACCUCAAGUAGUCUCUAUAGGCCCACUUCACCAUGGCAAGGAACAUUUAAAAGCCAUGGAAGAACACAAAAAAAGGUACCUGCGACAUUUCUAAGCCGAAAGGGAAAGGGUAAGCUUCUCUGAUUAUAUACAAAUGAUAAAGGACCAAGAGGGAAGGUUGCGAGGUUCUUAUGCAGAACCCAUUGAGUUUGGCAGUGAGCAAUUCGUAAGAAUUGUUUUAGUGGAUGCCGCCUUCGUCAUUGAGUUCUUAUUGAGGUGCCGUGACUCACAUUGUGAAGGUGAUGAUUACAUAUUUAACAACCCUAUGAUGAGAUGGGAUGUGCGUCCAGAUUUGGGGUUGCUUGAAAACCAGCUGCCAUUCUUCAUUCUUCAGGUUCUUUUUAACACACUUUCUUCUUCUGCACAUCCACGGCCUUCGUUACUCGAAAUUUCCUACUACUUUUUUGUAAGCCAAGUUGUUAGAAAGGGAAAAGAAGAGGCUUUUUAUGAAAAAUAUUAUACUGAAGUAGAAGUACAACAUUUUGUUGAUCUGAUAAGAAUUCUAUACCGACCGUUGAAAUCAAAAACUAGAAGGGAGCUUAAAACGACAGCCGUACCCAAUGCGGCAGAGCUACUCCAGGCUGGAGUCAAGUUUACGGUCGGAAAAGGCAGCAAUAUAUUUGACAUAAAAUUCUCGGAUGGUAUCCUCGAAAUUCCGACGUUAAUAGUAGCCGAUACCACAGAUCUGGCAAUCAGAAAUCUCCUUGCUUUUGAACAAUGCCAUAAGAGAGGGGAGGAUUGCCUAACUAGUUAUGUUUUCCUCAUGAAGCGUCUUGCGAAAACCCCAAAGGAUGUGGAAUUGCUUGUUGAGCAUGGAAUUAUUGAAAAUUGGCUAGGCAGUACCAAGAAGAUAUCUACUUUGCUUCAUGACCUUGGCACUGGGAUGAUAUUAGACCACUACUGUUAUGCCCCUCUUUGUGAAAACCUCAACAGCUACUGCAGAACUCGCAGGCACAAAUGGAUGGCAAAUUUGAGACAAAAUUAUUUUAACACGCCUUGGUCCAUUAUUUCUGUUGUUGCAGCUGUUAUUCUCCUCUUACUCACUUUCAUACAAACUGUGUGCACUGUUAUAUCUGUUGCUUAAGCAUAAACGACCGCAAGUCUCUCCUUCUCCGGAGGAUCCACAAGUCUCUGCUUCUCCGGAGGAUCCGGAAGUCUCUCCUUUGCCGUAUCCUCCGCACCC